UCGAUUCUCGCGAUAUUCUCGCGACCAAUUCUCGUCCAACCAACCAGGAAACGAAUGGCGGAAAUAUAGAUACACCUCACGCUUAGUGUACAGGGUUUAUUUUUAUAUUUGUGCAUUUACAAGAGAGGUCUUCAAAGCUGGUCGCAGAUGUUUUCUGGCCAACUCCUUUGGACGGCGUUAAAGAAAUGACGCCGUCGUUGUUGGGAGCUCGGCAGGAGCCGUAAAGUGAAUGGACGGGUGGUCAGCCAAUGCUCCAGCUGAUAGUGUCCUGUCACCAACAGCCAGAUCUAUCGAAGACAUAUGGCCCCGAUGCUCAGCUGAGAGAGUUACAAUACAAACACCAUGUUUGUGAAAACAUCCUUCACCACCCUGGUCGUGGGGGUGUUUGUGGUGUAUGUGCUCCACACCUGCUGGGUGAUGUAUGGGAUAGUGUACACCAAACCCUGUGACAACCCUAAAGGAGAGAACUGCAUCAUGCCUUUCCUGGCCGGAAAGCCAAAACUAGAGUUGAGUAUAUACACAGCACUACGGUCCAAUGCAGAUGGAGGACAUACUCUGAUCCAUAAAGAAGAGGACUUUGAUGUCAACACAAAGUUUGAGAGGCUGGUAAAUGUGUCUCUUCCCAAGAAAACCCGGAAUAACGGAACUUUAUAUGCACUAAUAUUUGUCCAUCAAGCUGGGCACAAUCCAUGGCAGGAUCCACGACAGGUCCACUUGGUGGCUCAACUCACCACAUACAUGGUCCCCAGACCUCCAGAGAUCUCUCUGAUAUCUGGGGAGGAUCUAACACAGGCUCAGAAACAAGAAGGCCAGAAGAAGGAGCAGCGUGAUGGCAGCCCUGCAUCAGGGGCUGGGGCUUCCACCAUGGCGGAUAACCCGGUUUCGCACUGGCGCUCCCGCUUAACGCUCAACAUUGUCGGUGACCACUUCCCGUUUGACAGAGAAUACCUCCCAAGUGACGUUCACAGAUACCUCAGAGUAUUCCAGAAUGGAAAGAAGAUGGUGUAUCUACCUCUGCUGUUUGUUGAUGAGCUUAGCAACCGGGUCAAAGACCUCGUGGAGAUCAACACCACCUCUACAGAGCUUCCUCUGACCAUCUCUUAUGACUCCAUCUCUCUGGGGAGGUUCAGAUUUUGGAUCCACAUGCAAGACGCUGUGUACUCUCUGCAGCAGUUUGGUUUCACAGAGAAGGAUGCUGAUGAGAUCAAAGGGAUCUUUGUGGAUACCAACUUAUACUUCCUGGCUCUGACCUUUUUCGUUGCAGCCUUCCAUCUCCUCUUUGACUUUUUGGCUUUCAAAAAUGACAUCAGCUUCUGGAAGCAGAAGAAAAGCAUGGUGGGAAUGUCCAGCAAGGCAGUGCUCUGGCGAUGUUUCAGCACCUUAGUGAUUUUCCUGUACCUGUUUGAUGAACAGACAAGCCUCCUUGUUCUGAUACCAGCCGGAAUCGGCUCCAUCAUUGAAGUGUGGAAAGUGAAGAAGGCCUUCAAGAUUCAGGUUUUCUGGAAAGGAGGCAAGCCCACAUUCCUGUUUGGGAAAUUAGAUGAAUCGGAGAGAAGAACGGAAGAAUAUGACACUCUGGCUAUGAAGUAUCUCUCAUACCUCCUUUACCCGCUGUGUAUUGGGGGAGCAGUGUACGCACUGGUAUUUCUGCGAUACAAGAGUUGGUAUUCAUGGUUGAUCAACAGCUUGGUAAACGGGGUAUAUGCCUUUGGUUUCCUCUUCAUGCUUCCUCAACUGUUUGUCAACUACAAGCUUAAAUCUGUGGCUCACCUGCCUUGGAAGGCUUUCAUGUACAAGGCAUUCAACACCUUCAUUGAUGAUGUGUUUGCCUUCAUCAUCACCAUGCCAACGUCCCACAGACUGGCCUGUUUCAGGGAUGACGUGGUGUUUCUCAUUUACCUUUAUCAGAGAUGGCUCUACCCGGUGGACAAAACCAGAGUGAAUGAGUAUGGGGUUUCGUACGAUGACAAACCCAAAGGGAAGGCUCACAAGGACUAGAAGGAGAGAAAGGACUGGAGACUGACUCCUGGGAUCUGGUAUCUAUGGGCAUCUUGUUUCAUCUCUUAUCCACUGGCAUUGUAGGAGCAGUAAAUAAGGUUUGAGACAUCAGACACUGAAGUUGCAGAUUGAAACCAGUUGAACACCUUCCUGCGUCUCCCUCCCUACAGUGGCCUCUACUGAGCCAGUGUUUGGUUUGUCCAUUCCGGGUGAAACAUGGCAGAGCAACAGGGUGGACUUUAUGGAGGAAAAUCCACAUUUUUACUAGAUAAUAACAUAAUGAAAACAAAAACCAUUCUUAUUUACCCUCACCAACACUUAUGGAAUUCCUGCCAGUAGAUCACCCCCAAUGUGACACACUUGAGCUUUUACUAACUAUGACUUAACAGAACUCAAUGGUUCAGCUGGGUAGAGAUGGACCAAAAGCUAUUCCAUUUUUGUGGUGUCUGACUUUUCCACAGCACCCUGAAGUACAACGUUGUCAAAGGGCAUCUGCUUAUCUACUACUGUGUGAUGUUUGGAGAUAUAUUUUGGAUUUUGAAGUGCGGGAUGGGGCGAAGAGACAAUUAAGCCGAACUGGUAGCCCUUCAAAACUUAAGCAACAAUUUAAACAAGCAUGUUUGAGAUUGGUGUAACUGACCACUCACAAACUGAGAAUCUAGUGGUUCAGAUACUCUAUGAAUGGGGCACAGCACUAACAACAGAGACUGUAUCAUCAAUAUUUCUGAUUAUUGGAUUUGUAAACUGGUUUAUAGGAAGGAUGGCUUUCAUGCUUUGCAAUGACGGAAGCACCUCUGGAUUUAGCCUUUAAUUUAGGUUUUCAUCUUUUCAUCUUGGACAGCAAAAGCAUCACUGUUUGUUUGCUUCUCACACACUUUCAGAUUAUUAUACAAGUUAUAUAAUUUAUACAUUAAAACCCCCAGAAGGUUCAACUUGUGAUUGCAGCUUUUUUACUUUAAAUUGGGAAUUGGUAAAUAUGUUUAUUCCAGUAUGAUAUUACAAGCGUUUUUUUGUUGUUGUUUUUUUUAAGGGAAAAAUACACUCUGUGGAAUAACUUUGCUAUGUAAUCAGCUAGCUGGUUAGCUUGUUAUUUGUCAUUCAAAGGUUGUUAUCAGCAAUCAGGCUCAGGAAAAUAUACAGUUCAGAUUUGACAGGUUUUAACCAAAAUUAUUAUGCUCACAUUGACAUAUCAAUACAGGAUUGUUCCUUUAAAGCUGCCCAUUACAACUGUACGUUUCUUUAGAAUGACCUAAGUUCGAAGUCCUGGAGAGGCUUUCAAGUGCAUCUUGUAGAACAUAAAAUUAUGGAUUGAUACAAUAUUUCAGCUUGCUGCCAUGGUGACACGAAACCUGAAGUUUUUCUAAAAGUAGAAGAAGUAAGAGAGAAGAAAAUUGUGACUUGUUGCCGCGGCAAUACAGUUGGACGUUAAAGUUGGAAGUGAAGUGGGACGUUGAAUUGUGUUUUCUCGGCCCGAGUCACGCGUUAAUUCUGUUGUUUUCUUUAUGUUUUUUUAUUUUACACUGACAGCCGUACUGUUUUUUCCAUCCAUCCAUUCUAAUGUUGUGGUUAUACCUAUUUGAGUAUUUAGUUUUUUUUUAUAUAUGAGGGCCAAGAAAAAUAUGGAGUGCCAAAUGUACAAAAUACUAUUAUUUGAAUGGUUUUGUCAGCAUUCAGUGUGCACCAUAAUUACCUGUGAAGCUCAGAAUCAAUUAUUUUGGAAAAACAGUGAUGGUACGACUUUAAGUAUUAACUUCUUUGAAUUUAGACCAUCAGAUCUGGACUACUGUACCCUGUCUACUGUACUUUAUUUUAUUUACUUAAAGGUAGAAAUACUCUACUUGGAAUGAAUAUACUCAAUGGUCACUUGUCAAGUACUUUGUACAGAAAGGUCCAGUUCAUGUUUUCUGUUAAAUGGUAAAUGCAGUUAGGAUGGAUUUGCCAGAUUAUUCAAUUUGUUGAAAUGCUUGUGGCUUUGAUUGACAUUAAAUAAACAAAAACUGACAAUA